UAUCAUACUCAUUAAAGUCUUUUCUGAAUUAGAAAUAAUUUUUGGAAUCUGUAGUUGAAGUAGGCCCACUAGGUGCAGAAUUUACACAAAAGAAGUGUGUUAAAAAUUUAUGUUUAGCAUGAAAGACUGGGGAUGGAGUGAAAUAGUGCAUUGAAUAUGGCGAUUUCACUCAUUCUCUGAGAAAAUAUUACAUUAAUUGCAUGAGAAAUAGAACGGUAAAAUCUACCACCAGAUCUGCACAAAACGAAACAUAGAAAAGUUAUUGAGAACAAAAAUACAGUAAACAGGCAUGAUAAAUGGACUGAUCAUUUACUAUUCCGAAGUAGGGCCGAUGCAUUCUCUUGUCAUGUACAACUUUUGGCCAUCUGCUUUUCUGGAAUGCAUCAAUCUUACUGUCUCCGGUAGUCUUUCCAUCUGCUCUGCGUCGGAUUCAUGUCUGAUCCCUCUCAACACAGUAAGAAGCCGAUUCCAAUUCGGAUCACAUCAAUGACACUGCUAUUCCGGGUAAACGGCUUUUUGGUUCAUCCGUACUUGGUCUAGUUACGGAUACAGUACAGUGGAUGCAGUCAAUCUCUGUUAGAAAUCCAUAUUGGAAGCUCAGUAUGCCCAAAUAUGCUAGUGUCGCGUUGCAGUCGGAGAAAUUCGGGCAAUCCCUUAUACCAGCUAGAACCGCUGGCCCAUGUAAGUAAAUCUGCUAAAAUAUUGCCAAAUAUUGCCGUUACUAUAUAUAGAUAGACGACGGAUAGUCUAAUACCAGCAUUGUUUGGAUUUCUCUCAAUUAAGGAACCGACUGUGGCUGUGGUGCUUCGGGUCAGGUUAAAUGCAGCUGAACUCCUCCACCAAUAAAAUUGGAUCAUUUUCAGUGGAGAUUAUGAUGUAUCACCGGUCUAUUGAAAUUCAGCACACUACAAGUAAACCUCGCCCAUAGGGAACGUAGUUUACCGUUAUUCUCGUAGUUCAGGAUCUUUAACCCUAUGCUGUUCAUGAACGGGAUCAGCUCCAACCUUGAGUGCGAUAUAAGUUGGGUGCAGGAUUCCUACAUUUCCAAAUGUAAAAGCUGAACCGACUAAGCUCGAACUGGACUAGUUGGGACCCCGUUGCAUUUUCUGAAUAUUAAAGCGCACACCAAGAAACGGACAACUCGAGGAGUCUGUGCACUUUGAACGAACCUGCUAAAAUUCAACAUGGAUAAUUGCCACAACCUAUGUGCUGCAGUGCAUUUGUCUCCAUUUGCUGCUGAGUGCAUGGAAACUUCUUGCUCAUCAGCAGCUCUCUUGUUAAUGCAUUCUCUCUCUCUAUUCUCUUACAAGAGAUAUAUGAAAUCAUCAUCAAACGAAACAUCUUCAGGGACAAGCUCUCUUUCUCUCUCUCUCUCUCUUCAAUGUGUCUUAGGGCACAAACUAUGUCCGGUAUGCAGACCAUCAUUCUUCUUCUUCACUGACUGCCACCAUAAUGGAAGCUGAGUUGUUAGCUCUGUUGAAUUUCAAUUCCCAGCAGAACUCCACAGUCGCUUCAGAUAGAAAUGAACCAACCCCUCUGGGAGAUUCCUCAUCAAGUAUGAGUCUUUCGCGAUCCAAGAACUCCAUCAAUAAAGGUAGUACAAGUAAGGCGGUCGCCGAAACCGAGUUAGUUGCUGAAAGAACACCACAGAUCCGUGCAAACUCACAAACAGGAAAAGCUACGGAACAGACCAGCUUGAUGGCAUGCAAAGGAAAAGCACCGGUAUUGGAGACGGGGAUCUCGGCUCAAAAUCGGGUUGAAUAUAGGAGCCUGUCGAGGAGCUCUUUGCAUAGGAAACGAGCUAUCCGGGUACGUGAAAUAGAUGAACUUGAGGAGAGGUUAUCGGUUCUUGAAGAAGAAACCAGAACCGCAAAGCAAGCUUUUUUCGAGGCUGUGCAUGACAGGAAAAGGCUCAUUGAUGAGGUUUAUCAGCACUUUCAGAACGUAGACAGUUCCCUGCACAUCAGAGAUCGAUUAACAGGAGAGGCUUCUACCUAUGCUCCUUUAGCUGCCACGUCCUUUGAGGAAGCAGAAGUUAACAAGGAAGACAGAGGAGUCGGGCUGUCACUGGUUCUAUGCGAAUGUUCAACUCCAUUCGUGGUGAGGAAAGAAGGGCGAAUGGCCUCAUUAAGUGGUUCAGGAGCUCGAUGAAGUUGAUAACCACACAAUUGAUUACUUGAGAGUAGAUGAAACUUCAGCAUUGAAUAUUAGUCAUCACUUUCUUUUUAGUGUUAGAAUAUAUGGUACAUUGUUUCUCCAUCCACUUACGGUGCACGGACAUGUUAAAAAAUCUCGAGAAAUUCCUAGUGCAA